AUGGAGAAUCAAUCUUGGGACUUCUCUGAAGCCCUCAUGGGCAAUAUCAGCACCAACCAGACUCUUCUGAACAAGAUGCCUCAGUUGCCCCUGGAGAUGCAGGUGGUCACUAUCUUGCUGGUCCUUCUGAUCUGUGGGGUAGGCAUUGCAGGCAAUGUUAUGGUCGUCCUGGUGGUUCUUCGCACCAAGCACAUGGUGACUCCCACCAACUGCUAUCUGGUGAGCUUGGCUAUAGCUGACUUGAUUGUGCUCCUGGCAGCUGGGCUGCCCAACAUCUCUGAGGUGAUGGCUUCCUGGGUGUACGGCUAUGCUGGUUGCCUCUGCAUUACUUACCUGCAGUACUUGGGCAUCAACAUCUCAGCAUGUUCCAUCACAGCCUUCACGGUGGAGCGCUACAUUGCCAUCUGCCAUUCCAUUAAGGCACAGCUGCUUUGCACCGUAGCCCGGGCCAAACGCAUCAUCGCUGUCCUAUGGCUCUGUACUUCACUCUACUGUCUCAUGUGGUUCUUUUUGGUGGACACCUCAAAAGCCAUGUUUGCCGAUGGCACUCAAGUCAGCUGUGGCUACCGUGUCUCCAGGAACCUCUAUAUGCCCAUCUACUUCUUAGACUUCACCAUAUUCUAUGUCAUCCCCCUGGGCUUGGCCACUGUUCUGUACGGUCUCAUUGCCCGCAUCCUCUUCAUGAAUCCACUGCCUGCAACACCGCAACAUGCAAGCCGGAUGAGCAAACGCAGCAGCUCCAUCACUACCUCCAGCUCCAUGAAGCACUCUUGCCGAGGAAACAAGGGUGCUUUGAGCUCCAGGAAACAGGUGACCAAGAUGCUGGCUGUGGUGGUGAUUCUCUUUGCCCUUCUGUGGAUGCCUUACCGUACCUUAGUGGUAGUCAACUCUUUCAUGGACCCUCCCUACCUGAACAGGUGGUUUCUCCUCUUCUGUAGACUCUGCAUUUACCUGAACAGUGCUAUCAAUCCAGUCAUUUAUAACUUGAUGUCCCAAAAAUUUAGAGCUGCCUUCAGAAAGCUAUGCAAAUGCGAGCAGAAGAGAACUGAAAUUGCCACACAGUUUAACACCCCUGUCUUCUACAGCACAAUGAAAGACUAUUCUCAUGACAGUAUGGACCACAAUGUAACAGAACAAGAAGAUCUCAAUGGCUGCCCUCCAAUAGCCAGGAAACAGUAA